UUUCCAACCUUUCAAGUUUCAACCGCCAAUUAUCCAGUUGACAAAAACUCAACUACCAGUACCAGCCAUGAACUCGAAAGCUCAAAACUUCAACACCAUUCCCUCUCUCACAAAAACCCCAAAUUCAAAUGGCCACGUGUCUCCCGUUCGGCACCAUCCCCUUCAAACCCCACUCCCCCCGCCCCGCUAAGAUCACCUGCUCCUCCACGACAGCCCAAUCACAGCUCGCCAAGCAGCACCUCCUCAGCCUCAUCUCCGAUCAGGACCGAGGCCUCAAGACCCAGAACAACCCCUUAAAGCUCACCUCAAUCGUCAGCGCCAUCGACGACUUGGCUGCUCUGGGAAAAGAUAGUAUCACCACCGGCGGGUCGCUGUCGGCCACUUGGCGGCUGCUCUGGACGACAGAGAAGGAGCAGCUCUUCAUCAUCCAGAACGCUUCCUUGUUCGGCACGCUAACCGGCGACGUUUUGCAGGUCAUCGAUGUUGAGCAAAGGGUUCUCAACAAUGUCAUCACUUUUCCUCCAGAUGGGGUCUUCUUCGUCCGCUCUGACAUCGCCGUCGCUUCAAAGCAGAGAGUCAAUUUUAAAUUUACAAGUGCGGUUCUACGAGGGAAGAAUUGGGAGAUUCCAUUGCCACCGUUUGGGCAGGGUUGGUUUGACACUGUGUACCUUGAUGAUGAGAUUCGAGUUGUGAAGGAUAUCAGAGGAGACUAUUUGGUCGUGGACCGCGCUCCCUAUGCUUGGAAAGAAUGAAGAAGAAAAUGUUUGCUACUGACUUCAUUGUUGCUAUUGGUGCGACAUAAUAUUGGUUGUUGGGAAUUCUUGCACGACAAGUGGUACACAAAAUCUGGGCCGUACCCUAGCCGACCUGAACCAAAUCCAGUGAGCCCCGCGAUUGGGUCGGUUGUGAAACACAUUCACGGGUAUAUAACUUUAGCUAGUUGAAGGAUGGUCUUGUACUCUUGUAAGAGGACCUCCACUCUACUGUGCCAUGAUGAAGGGUAAGGGUAAGUAAGGACAAAUACUAUUCAUUUGAAUAGUGACUGCUUUAACAAUUUUUUGAUGCAUUCCCAUCUAUUGUCAUGACAACUCAAGAAUAACCACUAUUUACAUGAGAUAUAAGGAGAGGAAUUGGUAUGGGUUUUAGUAUGGGAAGUGAAGAACAUGGUUAGGUAUUUAUUAGAAAAAAAAAUUCUGAUUUGUUGGUAAUUUUUUUGGUAUUUAAAUUAGUCGUUUUGCCUAGGCAAGUCUUGUCUUCGAGCUGGCCCAGUUUCGUGGGCCUACUUCUUGCCAUGGCAACUUUUCCUUUGUGGAGGUUGUUUUUUGGCGCCUAUGCUCCUUUUUGCCAUGACAAAAGGGG